AUGAGCAGCAUAAUCGUACCUCUCAAGGACUUCUUUACAAAGUAUCACAUACCACUUGAAGUACAGGAGCGCUUUGGCCUGCACAACGAGGACGUAAAAUCGGUGGCGGAAGCAGUGUUUACAAGGGUGAAACACCAGGAAAGCGAGAAGGUGCGUACAGUGAGGAGUGCAGAAUGUACUUUAAUCCAACCAAGCCUAAAAAAGCCCAAACUUGAUCCCGAAUGGUCUUUUGGGAGUCAAGCAACUAUGUCUUUUAUGGAAUAUAGAGAAGGGCCGUCUAUAGGACAGACCAUACUCACAUCAGCAGGUAGUAUGAUCCACAGUGAGGAGACUGGCGUAUCCUUCAAAGAUCGGGGUUCCUCUGGCUCUAUUUUGCAAAGCGAAAACUGCACACAACAGGAAUUUAUGCUGUUUGAUAGUGAGAUUUCUAUGCAAUGUAUUAUUGACUCAGAACCUGUAACAGCCUCUCGAAGUAGUUCACCGUUGGAAGUAUUAGAUUAA